AUGGAAAAGCUUGAGAGGAGUAGUUUUUUGUCCCAUACGCUUCACAUGUAUGGGACUGACUUAACACAAAUGGCUAAAGAGGGAAAGUUAGAUCCAGUUAUAGGAAGGAGUAAAGAAAUAGAGAGGGUUCAACAAAUCCUAUGCAAAAGGAGGAAGAACAACCCUUGCCUUCUGGGUGAUCCAGGUGUAGGGAAGACUGUGAUUGCAGAAGGGCUUGCUCAGGCCAUUGUCAAUAAAGCUGUUCCAUUGAAACUCCAGGGAAAUACGGUGUUUUCCCUAGAAAUGGGACGUCUUGUUGCUGGAACCACAUAUCGUGGGGAUUUUGAGGAAAGAAUGGUAAGUUUGAUUAAUGAAGUGAAGCGAAGUGAUGGGAAAAUCAUUCUCUUCAUUGAUGAACUUCACACUCUAAUAGGAGCUGGUUCUUCUUCAAGAGCUCUUGAUGCAGCCAAUAUACUGAAACCAGCUCUUGCAAGAGGAGAAAUCAAGUGCCUGGGAGCAACAACAGUUUAUGAGUACAGGAAGUACAUUAAGAAGGAUCCAGCACUGCAGAGGCGAUUCCAAACGGUGGAUGUGCCUGAACCAACUGUGGAAGAAGCCAUUGAAAUAUUGAAAGGGUUGAUGCUCAAAUAUGAAAGCUUUCAUGGCGUCAAGUAUGAACAUGAUGCACUUGUUGCUGCAUCUGCUCUAUCAAAGCAAUACAUCAGUGAUGGUUUCCUUCCUGAUAAGGCAAUUGAUGUGAUUGAUGAAGCUGGUGCAAAAGCUCAACUAACCCAAAUUGAGGAUUCAUGUAAGAAAAUCACAGCCACAGAAAUACAUCACAUAAUCUCCACAAAAACAGGUAUACCUAUUGAGACAGUUUCGCAAGUGGAAGCUGAAAAACUGCUGAAAUUAGAGGAAGCUCUGCAGAAAAAAGUUGUGGGACAACAUGAAGCUGUGGAAGUAAUAAGCCAAGCCAUAAGAAGGGCACGUGCUGGUAUGAGAGACCCUGAGAAGCCUAUUGCAUGUUUCUUAUUCACAGGUCCAACUGGUGUUGGAAAAACUGAACUGGUUAAGGCUUUGGCUGUGGAAUAUUUUGGAUCCAUGGAAGCUAUGGUGAGGAUUGACAUGAGUGAGUUCAUGGAGAAACACACAGUUUCAAAGCUCAUUGGUUCACCACCAGGGUAUAUAGGUCAUGAUGAUGGUGGGCAACUCACAGAAGCUGUUCGUCGGAAACCUCAUUCUUUGAUUCUCUUUGAUGAGAUUGAGAAGGCUCACAGAGAUGUUUUCAAUGUGUUUCUUCAGAUUAUGGAUGAUGCUAGGCUCACAGAUUGCAAAGGGCAAGUUGUGGACUUCAAGAACACUGUCAUAAUAAUGACAUCAAAUGUAGGGUUUGGAAAUCAAGGCAAUGGCAACUUGGCUGAGGAGCUGAGGAAGAACUUUAGGGAUGAGUUCUUGAACAGGCUUGAUGAGAUUGUUGUGUUCAAAAGCCUUUCGGAGUCUGAGUUGAAUGAGAUAGUGAAUAUAAUGCUUUGUGAUGUUUGUAAAAGGGUUGAGGCAAAGAAAAUGAAGCUGAAUAUGAGUGAUAGAUUCAAGAGAAAGUUGGUUGAGGAAGGUCACAAUUCUAGGUAUGGGGCAAGGCCUUUGAAGAGGGCAAUAACUAGACUUCUUGAGGACACAUUGUCUGAUAAAAUACUUGAAGGCUUUAUUGGAGAGGGUAGCCAUGUAUACGUUGACCUUGAUGAUGAUGGUGAAGUGGUAAUUGCUAGUUCUUGA